AAAAAAAAAUUCUUCAUAUCAAUCCAGGAGUUAAUUUGCUACACUCAAGACGAAAAGGAAUAUUUUUGCAUCCCAAGAUAAUGUUUAGGAACUUUAGUGCCCCUUAUAAGCAUAGAUUGUUAAGUGGUUCAUAUAGUGUUUAAUUUGAUCUCUAUAAGAAGAACUUGGUUAAGGUUUGGUAUUGUUUAAAACAGAAGAAAGGUAAAGUAUAAUAUCAAAUAUUAAAUUGUAUCCUUUUAGUACUUUAUUAUAGUAUAUAUAUUAUUUUGCAGUUUAUAAAAUGAAACUGUUGGAAAGUUCUCGUUUUGAAGCUCUCAACGCAGCGUUAUGUUUUGAUUCUGGUGACAGUAAAAUUGUUGGAAGAAUAGAGAGCUACUCUUGUAAGAUGACUGGAAAUGAUAAGCAGUUGUAUAAAAGGUUUAACGCCGAACAAGGUGUAACUCCCAAUGAUCUCCAAGCUCUUUCUCCUCCACAGUCAGGCUUAGGAUUAUCUCCUUGUCAAAGCUAUUUAAGUCGUAGUAUCUCUGGUGAUGAAGAAGGACCUUUAUGUGAUACAAUAAGCAGACGUACAUUAUUUUAUCUUAUUGCUACACUUAAUGCUGCAUUUCAACCAGAUUAUGAUUUCUCUGAUGCAAAAAGCCAUGAGUUCAGCAAAGAACCGAGCAUGCAGUGGGUGAUGAAUACUGUUGAUAGUAAUUUAAGCGCCACAGUAGGUGAACAGUACCGUUCUUUAAGAGCUAAUGUUUGGUCUGCAAUACAGGAUGAGAUUUCUCUCGCUGACUGUGACAUUUAUAGUUAUAAUCCAGAUCUUACAUCCGACCCCUUCAGUGAAGAUGGAUGCCUAUGGUCUUUCAAUUACUUUUUUUAUAACAAAAAAAUGAAAAGAAUUGUAUUUUUUUCAUGUCGAGCUAUCAAUUCAAUUUACUUGAUGGAUUCUGGAGUUGGUAGUGACUUUACAAUGGAUGAAGAUGAUGACACCUAUUAACUGAAGAAAGAUUUGUUAGAACAGUAAGGAUUAAAGCUAUGUAUUUUAGCAAAUCAAAACAAAUCCAUCCAUUGAUGUACAAUGAGUAUGUACCUGGGCAUAUGAUGCCUUUAAAUGAUAUCUAAUAUCAUUUAUUAUCUAUCAUGGAAUGAUAAAAUUUGUUGAAUUAUACAAUUAUUUGUUAAAAGUGUAAUCUUACUAAUUUAUAGUUGUGUACAAUUGCUACUUACUGACUGUUUAAUUACUGUUAACUUGUUUCAUUCUGUGAAAUACAGAUAUUGUUGUGUUAUGAAAAUUAAUGAAAUCAAUUAGUUUUAAAUUAGGUUCAUAAGUAGGAUUAAUUUUAAGGAAAAUAUAAUUUUAGUAAAAUUAUAUUUCUAUUGUUCAAGCUAGUCUUGUUAUUAUAUCUACCUUCUUUAAAUUUAUAUUAAUACUAAUAGAUUAGUACUUAUUUUACUAAACUCAUUAUCUUUGAAUUCCAUUUCUCAUCAUUCAAUGGAUCUCAAUUUGACAUUGCAUACUUUGAUUUAUAAUUUAUAUAUAUAUAUAUUUUUUUUGUUGCAAUUUUGGAUGUUUAUCAGUGGAUCGCAUUGAUUAUAAUAAAUAGUAUGGUUGAUUAUUAGUGCAUUUUUAAUAUAUGCAUUGUCAGAAUUCAUUCUCUAGUGUGAGU